AUGUUCAACUCUCCAGCCCCUCGACAUACGCCACGUCGAGGUGGCUCACUAGCACCUCCUUCAAUACGACGUGGAACGCCUUCCGUGUUUUCAGAACGUGACCGCGAUAGAGACUUCCCUCUGACCCCUUCUGUCAGGAGCUCCAGGUUACCUCCUAUCCGUCGAGUUUCUCCUACUUCUUCAGCGGGCGAUACCAUCCGUACAGCUCGUCAUGAGGUGGAACAAUAUGAGAAGGUAUAUUGGAGUAAAGAUGCCACUCAUGCAGUUUCCUCUGCUGGACCGCUCCCUAGAGAAGUGCAGCAACUCGUCAAGGGCGCUGAUCUGGUAGUUCGUCCAUUGAGUGGAUCUAUAGACCCUCAGUCAGGAUUUGCAUUCAUCGCUAGUUCCUCAACUUGUAUCUCUUGGAAUUAUGCCAAGGGACAUGGAGCUUCCGCUCCUCCCGUCAUAUCUGCAUUGUACCACGGAUCCAAUGGUAGUGAACCAGGGAUGAUUCUCGUAAGCCCAACGGGCGAGAUGAGGAUAUGGGAGAGCAUGAACUUAGCGUUGGCCAACGUGGAUAGGUUUCAGCGGGUCGAGCUCGAGCUGGAACAAGACGAUUUUGUUCAAAAAAUAUGGGAAAUCUCCGCAUUUCGGUUGAAUCUCACUUCGUCCGCUGGUCGAUGUGUUCCCUCUGUAACCCCCUUGACCAAGUCAGGGGGGAUCUUUGGUCGUACCACCGCCUCAAUUUUUGGCUCCAGAGAGGACCGAGAAGGUGUAGUAGCUGUGACAUCAUCGGCAGGGAGCGUCUUCAUGAUGGCUCAACGAACUCUACAAAAGUGGGCACUCGGAGCGGAGGGACAAAAGUAUCUACAGGAAUACGAUCUGCACGACGCCGUCGGACAAACGUUGUACGGUAAUCAAUGGUCACCUCAUCGAGUCCACUUAGAACUGAACGACCUGUUAGCUUUCAGUCAAGAAGAGCUUGCUGUUCUGGUUUCAUACUCAGAUCACCAAUCGGGAUCAGGUAGCAAGAGAAUACACAAUUCGCACGCCAUUGUCUUGUUCUCAAUUCAUCCAAAGUCCAAUGCUCUUACAGUGGAUCGGAUAGUCGAAGUCUCCUAUCUCGCUCAUCCUGACCCACGAAUGCUGGACGUGCCCCGGCUGUCAAUACCAAGCGGAAGUCCCAUUGCCUUCAUCCGUUUCGCCGAUGUCAUAGUCAUGGUGUCAAUGCUUCCAGACUCUCCAUACGAAGAUGUCAUCGUUCUGAAAGAGUCCCAUCGAAACGCCUUCCUCGGAGUGGGAUGUCGGUCAGGAUCAGCAAAACAUGCGAUUUCCCCUUCACUCAUCGUCAUGCCAGCCAUCGGCGGGCUAUUGACCGUUGAAGUGUUCGAGGCCGCAGAUGAAGCGUUAUCGCAGGAAAUGACAGCUACGGCGAGGUUAAAGUCGAAAAUGGAACAAGCGGUGUUCUUCGGGGAUCGUUCAGAGAACCCAUUAUCUUUUGAUCUACCCGCUGGUUUCAAAGGAGAUCCUGCCGAGGCCGCUUUGGCUGUAUCCGCAGAGGUGCUAGCAUCCAGUUCUCCGUAUAUGCCUACGAUAUUCGAGCUUCGGCCUCAACUCAGUGACAGAUUACUGCGAGAGAAGGAGUUGAUACGUUUUGUUCGAAGUAAUGGGCUGUUGAGUAUGCUGCCGCAGACCACCCGUAGAGCACUUUCCAGAGACGCAGAGAAGAUCAAAGCUUCCAUAGAUCUGUGGGAUCAUCAGAACCGGCUCAUGGACCACAUGAUACCUCACUCUCCCCAGUCAUUGCUAUCCGAUGCGAUCACCGCCUAUAUGAGUCGACAUGAUUCGAGCGAGGACGGAGAUGUCGUUCGUCUAUUCUUCCGAUCUCAUCUACAUGAGAUUGACUCGCUUCUCACCACGGUCGUCUCUACAUUCCGUGCGGCCACCUCUUCAGACUCUCGGAUGGACUUGGGGCCUUGGGUGGAAGAAGUGAACAAUAUAUUCAUCAGUGUGAACCGCGCGGCGUCGCAAUUGCGGGAAGACGAACACGCGACAUACGAGAUCGACCGUCUUCGACCCGCUUCCGAGCUGUGGACGGCACAAGAUGCGCUCAUCGAUUCUCUUGACGGCUUAUACUCCAUCACCGAAGGGCUCAUACGUGACCGGACCCGCGAUUUGGGCUCUGUGGUGGACGAGCCACCUUCUGCCAGCAGUCACCUGCGAAGUCAGCAAGAAGUUCAAGCCCAUCUUAAGAGACAAAUGGUCGAUUUGGCCGCUGCAUUGUGUACCAACAUGGAAGAGAAGAUGCGAGCUGCAAAGACAAGGGAGAUGGACAAAGGUGUUGAUCCGAAGCUAGGUGCCAGUCUGGCUGAACGUUGGGCAGCUUUGAAGCCCCGAGUGAUCCGGCCUUUAGGGUAUCAGAAGCGUACGAACUUGCUGAACAUCAUCGACUAUUCCACCUUGGUAUACUUAUGUCAUCAGCCCAAGACGACGAGAGGACAAGUACAACUUCAAACUUACAUCGAGAGAUUUGGAGAAGUGUUUGCUUUUGUUCUAUAUGAGUAUUAUAUCGAACAAGGACAAUUACAUGCGCUUUUAUCACAGGACGAAGUGUAUGGACACCUGCUCACUAAAUUCUUUGACCAAUAUCACUAUCCUGAAUUGGCUUGGAUGCAUCAUAUAGCCUGUAAGAGGUUCGGAGAGGCCGCGGCUUCACUUCAUACCGUAGCUACUACGUCACAGGAAUUGGUCAAAGAUCAUCUGGCCAGUAGCAUUGCAAAGCUCGCAGCUGUGGCCGAGAUCAAAACUCGAGGACCAUCGCAGACACGAGUAGACCUGUUGAGCACCAUAGACGAUGAACUGGAGCUCGUCAAGGUUCAAAAUGACCUUCGAGAGUCGCUCAGGUCCGACUCAACUACCAAACGCGGCUCUCCCUCUAUCGAGAACUUUGUCGUGACAAAUUGCAAGGGCCUGGAAAACCGACCGGCGUUCAAAGCGCUGUUCAUUGACCUGGGGCGGAGACUCCUGGAGGGGAAGGCCCUGGAUGUGGAAGGGUUGAUAGACGCUUUGACGUUGAAGGAUAACCAUGGAUCAUCCGCUGGGGACUCUGCUGUGGCACUGGACAGGUUGACAAAGAGCUCUGAAAUGACACAAUCGCACCUGCGUCGUGAUCUUCCAGAGGGUCGCAAAGAGGUGGCAUUGAUUAGUAUAUGGCGAAGGGUAUUCAUCCAGGAUGACUGGUUGGCAAUUGCCAGAACAGCGGGAAGGAGCGAGAAAGCCCAAAGGGGUUUGCAGAGGCAAACGCUGACUUAUGCGACAGUGCGAGCGCUGGGGGAGAUCAAAGACUUCCCGUCAAACUACAUCAUCUCACCCCUCACGGCCACACAACCCCCUUUGCUCGCAGAGGUCGCUGCGAGGUUCCCCGAGAGACCGGCUGGGGAGAUCGAGAUGCUCAUGAGGGAUCACGAGGACGAAAUACGGACAUUACAGAGGUACAUGAAUGAAGCGGUAUUGGAAGAAAGGGUGAAAGAAGUUGUAGAGUUGGUAAGGGAAGAUACGGCGUCCGCUGAAGAUGUGAUCGGGAUUGGGGGAGAAGAUGGGGAAGGAGAUGUAGAAAUGUGACGAGUUUAUAUGAUCUUGAUGAUGCAUUGUUGCAU